AAACAGUUGCGCCUGCAAUGAGCGAAAGAGAAGACGAGUUGUUUCGAGUGCCCGAAAUUUGUCAAUCCUCCAAAAUAUCACACGAAAGUGGAAUUUGUGCUGAAAUGUAAACAUUUGUACGCUAAAAGUGUCCGCCGAAAUAAAAAUGCUAGUGCGAAAUGGGCAAACGUGCAAAAAUACACACAUUUCGUCGUCGGGACAUCUAAAAACUUUGCUGCACCCCAAACGAGCAACAGAAGUUGUGGAGGUGUGAAAACAUCGUUCCGCAAUAUUGGCGGCCUUUUCACCUGGCCGGAAAAGUGGGAAAUCGGAAACAAAACCAGCCUCUAACACCAAAACAAAAAGGAGCAAAAUAAACUGCAGUGACACGACAAGCGAAACAAAAACAAAUCACCCAAAUUGUAGGGAAAAGUUUGCUGUACUGCUGUACUUAGAAUUUACAAUACUAAAAAAAAAUAUUUAAAGAUUAUUAUCAAAGUCAGGGACUAUAGAAAACAACGUGGAAUUGAUUAAUUUAUAUAUUUGCAAGUUUUAGGAAUGUAGUGUAUAUACAAGAUUUAUGCACAAUUUCAAAAUUCAAUUAACAAUAAAAUAAAAUGGUUUUAUGUGCAACUUACAGUAAAAUGUACAGGCAUUUUAUUCGUACCUAAAUUUGACUUGAAUGAAAAACAUAGUGACUCGACUCACAAGUAGAGCAGAUUGAAAACAAAACGUGCCGCCAUCGCAAUUUUCGAUCGGAGCGAAAAAAUCGAGAGGAGCUACCGGCAGCUGCGUUUAGCGCAUUUAAGGGAUUUGCAUUAUUCAAAGCGCAGCCAAAGGCGGAAGCCCGUGACGUGAAAGCCAGGAGAGAUUGGGGCCCAAACCAAUUUUUGGCCAACAGCCCUUGGUCACUUGGUCGUGUGCAAAUCAAAACGCAGCUUAGUACGGCGGCCAGUCUGUUUGCCUUGGACUCUGCCCAAAACUUUAAAGCCCGGCCACCUGCACUGGUCAAUGGGUAUGGUACUGGGCUUGGGAUUGCGAUGGGGAUGUGGCCAGGGAUUGGGAUUGGGAUUGGAGGAGUUGCGAGAACACGUUUCGCAACCACACGCCGUUGUCUGGGCACGUUCACAUCAAGUGGCUCGACCUGGCAGGCGUUUUGUUUAUUUGCCUUUGCCUCUGCUGCCGGCGAAGGCGAGGGGGGUAGUGGUAGUGGGAAGUUCUAUGGCUGCAGCUGCCAACUGCGCGUAUACGUAAUUUUAUGGCCAAGGCUUCGCUCUGCUCGCUUGCGGCUCAACGGUGGUUAUUGUUUAUAGGGCAGGCGCUUUUAAAGCGAUUUAAGUUAUCCCAACGGCCGGAGCAAUUAAAAAGACAGGUAGACCAGACCCAGACAGUAGUAGAAGUUUAAUAGCAUACAUGAGAAUUGUAACUAACUGUGUUAGGAGGUUGUCAAAAAGCUUCAUAAGUUGUCAUUUCGCACGCUUGUCAGUUUCCAAUAUUAAUAGAACUAUUUAAUAAUUUUAUUGUUGCAAGGCGACUGAAAAUGUCCGAUUUGAGAGACCCAGUCUGGUGGAAAAGUAAAUCCAAUUUGGACGAUAGCUUUUACACCGUGUAGGUGGACUCCCCAUCUAUUUAUAUUCGAAUCCAUGUGUGGCCAUGACGCAUACCCCACGUUUCCCACCGUCCGGUCAUUAGGCUUUCUUCCGUUUGAUAAGAUACGGUGCGAUACGAUAGAGUCUACGGCUACGGGGAAUACGGGGUCUACGUACUGGUAACCUAUAUAAAUAUACACGGCCGUAAUUUAAUAACGAGGCUAGAUAAUUGCGCGGCUUGCCAUUAUUUAUGGUUCACACUUGUAGAAGAUAUUAUGGGAAUUUAUUCACUCGCUUUCGGAAUGUUUAAUGAGAGAUUUGGCAAGUUUAAGGAAUGCCUAGACCAUGGAAUGCCAACUAAUUUGUUGUGUGCGAUGCCUCGGGGUCGGAAUGCCAGUGAUUUCUAAUUUCGUUUUAUAAUGUACGGAAAUGAUUUGAGUUUACGAUUUUGAACGAAUCAUUUUCAAUUUUAGAAUUUUAUUCAGCGAUUCGAAAUGUCUUACAACUUUUGAUAAUGAACAGUGCCUAAUAAAUUUGAUUACACUUCAUAAAGCACUUGAUUUCUACAGACAAAGGUGUAUGGAGCUCUUAAUCAAUAAAUACUUAUUAUCUGGAAGAAAUCAUGAUAUCAGUUAAGAGAUAGAAUUAAACUAUACAAAAUAGAGUGGUUGACAGUUUUCUUUAGACAAAUGUGGUCUAAAAUUUGGCAAAACAUAACCACAGGGCUUUGUUGCCGUCUGCAACAAGUUGCGAAAAAGUGACAAACUGGGAAUAGGAAGCAUCCAUAUAGAUGAAUAUAUGCUACCGAUAGGUCGACAAAUAGAAUAGCCACACUGACGGCGAACGUGUGUUGUUCUGUUGCCAAAAAGAAAAUCGGAAAACUGUAGAAAAUGUGCUAAACGACAACAGGGAAAAUAAUUUCAUUCGCGUACGAAAACAAGCUGCAAAAUGAGCGUCGGGCCAAAAAGAGCGGAGCAUACAAAUUGCUCUGCAAUUUAUUUUUAUACGAAACGAAGCAGACAAACGCCAAUACAAAUAGGAGUGUAUAUAUGCAGUUGAGGUUUGCCCCUAUAUCUGUGCCUGUGUUUGUUUAUUUAUAGACACGUACACGCGAGAGUCGAUCGACCGUUUCUCUCAGUGCGGCAGUUAUCAGCCGAAAAGCACAUUUAUAACCACAAAGGAACACACAUACGGCGUAUUGGCAAAAGCCAGAAACAGCAGAAACGGCAGAACAGCAGCGAAAACAGCUCAAAUCAAAUAAUGUGGGGCCAGGCCAAAACAGUUUCAGGCAAAACGCUCGCUCGCGAUGACACAAUAGCGAAAUAGUGCCGCUGGCGAAUGAAUUUAGCGCUAAAAAUCAAGCAUACGCAACGUGGUGCGCGGCCAAGCAGCUAAAAAUAAGAAUCGUUCUUUUGUGCCAUUUUUUAAGUGCGCAAAACCAAAUGAUUUUCCAAUCCAUGCCAUAAGUGAAGUGAAGUUAAAACGCAAAAUGUUAAGUGAUGAAUAAAUACACAUGCCAUUAAAUAUUGUGCCAUAAAACAACUAACAAUCCAAACAGCAAACCUCAAGGAAUAAUUUCUAACCGAUUUAAGUAAAUCCAGCAGCUGCACAACGGGUCAACGAUUGCGUGAAAUUGGCGUUAGGCGACGCAGCAAUAUGAUCUAUAUAGAUGACUCAGAGCCGGAAGGUGUUUUGGAACCGGCGUUUCCCAUGCGCGAUGUGACCAUAAAUCGCAACGUCGAUGCCCAUAAACAUUACGAUGUGCUUGGUGAGGUGGGACGCGGAAAAUUCGGUACGGUGUACAAGUGCAGGGACAAGGCGAAUGGACUGCAGCUGGCGGCCAAGUUUGUGCCGAUCCCCAAGCGCGAGGACAAGCGGAAUGUGGAGCGGGAGGUGGAGAUAAUGAAUUCAUUGCAGCAUCACCUCAUCAUACAGUUGUACGCGGCAUACGAAUAUCAGAAAAUGAUGUGCGUCGUCCUGGAACUCAUCGAAGGAGGUGAGCUCUUUGAUCGCGUGGUGGACGAUGAGUUCGUCCUCACCGAACGAGUCUGCCGCGUCUUCAUCCGCCAGGUGUGCGAGGCCAUGGCCUUCAUCCACGGCAAUGGAAUAGUCCACCUCGAUCUGAAGCCCGAAAACAUUUUGGUGCUCACACAGAAGGGCAACCGCAUCAAGAUCAUUGACUUCGGACUGGCUCGUAAAUUUGAUCCUGAUAAGCGACUCAGAGUUCUCUUCGGCACUCCGGAAUUUGUGGCGCCAGAAGUUGUGAACUUUGACUGUAUAUCGUAUGGAACAGAUAUGUGGAGUGUUGGCGUUAUAUGCUAUGUGCUCAUCUCAGGACUGUCGCCUUUCAUGGGCGAGAACGACAUUGAAACAAUGUCAAAUGUAACCAUUGCAAAAUACGACUUCGAGGAUGAAUGCUUUAAUGGCAUAUCCCCCGAGUGUCUGGAUUUCAUAGCCAAGCUGCUGGCCAAGGACCUGAGCACCCGGAUGACAGCCGCCGAGUGCAUGAAGCACAAAUGGCUUCAGCAGCGGCCGGCCACCGCCGCCACGGCCACGCCCAUCACAAAGGCCGCCUCCGCGGCGUCGAAGUCGCGCCUGAAGUCUGUGUCUCCGGUGACAGCUCCCUCGGAAUCCUCCGAGGACUCCACGGAAACCAUUGAGGACGAAGACGACGAGGAAGAGGUUGCCGUGCAGCAGGCGAAGCAGAAAGACCAGCAGCAGGACGAGGAGCUGGCCAAUCUCUGCGGCGACGCUGAACUUGAGAACAAAGAACUGGAUGCCACGAAGGACAACCUUAAGAACUUCAUCGUGCGCUGGGAGACGCAUCCGAACAGUCCGUACGUGUUCGACGUGGAGGGGAAUGUGAUUGCUCCGCUGAGCGAGACGAGCUACCCCCAUCCCAGGAGGACCCACGGCGCGGACAGCCUUUCCUCCUCCAGAGUUUGUUCGCCUUCGCCCUGCGAUUCAAUAUCCACUUUGACGGAUGACGAACGGGGAGAUAUUGAAGAUCUUCCGGAAGAGGACGAAUCCCGCAGUGCGGAAAACGAGAGUCCUCGCUCGGUGGCCACGCCCAUCAACGAGUCUCGGGAGAAGCUGUUCCCGACGGUAGCCACCUCCAGUCCGUCAACUCCCACGCCGCAGCAUCUCUUCAACGAGAACUUCGAUGAGUUCUCUGGCAGCCAGUCCACCGCCCAGCAGCAGCGCAGCAUGAAGAGCUAUCUGCACACCUUCGAUCGAAGGAACUCGGAUACCACGUACCUGCUGGGUCGGCGGAGUUCCGGAGAGCGGGUGAAUCUGGCGGAUGAGAUACGAAAGCUAUCCGAUCACCUGCUCAUGCUGGCCGAGAUCAACACCAAGCUUGGGGAUGCGAACAAUAACGGGAGCAGCAGUGGAGCGCCUGCUGAUCCUCCUGCUGCUGCUGCUGCUGCUGCUGCUCCUGUGCCAACCUCAACUGCUCCAGCAUCUGUUGCUCCUUCUGGCAGUACUUCUAGUAAAACCUCGGAGAUCAGCCAGGAAGGCAAUAGGUGGACCAGCAAAACCACUUCGAGCAGUAGCUGGAAUCGUCCCACUUUGAAAGGAGGACUCUUCAGCCAGGCCAGCAGCAGUUCCCAGAGCCAAAGCACCUACGAUGACGGAAAGGGCAAGACGAAGAUCAGUUCGCUGUCUGUGAGAUUGCAGCAGUCCAUCGAGGAAACACCCAAGCUAAGCAACGGAAAUAGCUCCUCUAGCAAAUCCCUGGUCCAGUCGCAGCGAAAGUCCACGGUGCAAACCAUGAGCAGUUCCAAUGCCAGGAGCUUCACCAACCAGCAAGUACAAAGAACCAGCACCACCUCUUCCAAGGUGAUCUCCAGCAGCACCAGAAGCAGUAACACCAGCUCCAGCAAUUAUAUAGCCUCCAACGCCAGCAACUCAAUCUCGACCAGCGCCAGCAACCCAAGCUCCACCGGCGCCAGCAAUCCAAUUACCACCAGCGCCAGCAACGAAUCGGCCAGCAGUCGUCGAGCCAAGUUCAGGAUAAAUCAGAUGAGUCGCGAUGUGCCCGUUGGGCUGCCGGACACUCAUCAAACCGUGAAUCUGGAGGAGGCGGCCAACACCACCAAGGAUUGCCUGCUGCAUUUGUUGGAGAAAUACAACGAGACCCGCAUCCGCAAUCCGGUGGGUCGUCACCAGAGCAUCAGCGUGGACUGGCGGGUCAGCGACAAUCUGGAGUACCGCUCCAUGAGCUCCAUCAACGCCUUCUUCCAGCGCCACAACCCCAAUGGCGGCGGCCACAACGUACGCCACAUUCAAGCCCAGCUGGAGGAGAAGGCGGCGGGCAAGUAGGUGCCCAUAUCCACAGCCCUCUGUAUAUAUGCGAUAUAUAUAUUUGUAUGUAGAGUACAGAUCAACUAAUUGGCACAUAGGUAAAUCUACAAAGCGUCGAAUGGAACAAAUUAAUAUUUAUGUACUUGAUGUAAGCAAUAAAUCAAAUUAAUUUAUUGAAUAAAACUGAAG